AUGGAGGCGGCGCGGAGCUGCAACGGGUACGCACGGCAGGAGAAGCCGCCACCGCCCUCCUCCACCCCGUCGGCGGGCGCCGAGAAGCCGCGCGUCCGCCCUGGUCGCGGUGGCAGCGGGAUGAGCUGGCGGGACGGGCGGCCCCGCAGCGAGGAGGACAACGAGCUGAGCCUGCCCAGCUUGGCAGCCGCCUACACCACCAUCCUGCGCUCGCUGGGCGAGGAUCCCGAGCGGCAAGGGCUGCUGAAGACGCCCUGGAGAGCGGCCACCGCCAUGCAGUUCUUCACCAAGGGCUAUCAGGAGACCAUCUCGGAUGUUCUGAAUGAUGCCAUCUUUGAUGAAGACCAUGAUGAGAUGGUAAUUGUGAAGGACAUAGACAUGUUCUCAUUGUGUGAGCAUCACCUCGUUCCAUUUGUUGGAAAGGUACACAUUGGUUAUCUUCCUAACAAACAAGUACUUGGCCUCAGCAAGCUUGCUAGGAUUGUGGAAAUAUACAGCAGAAGAUUACAAGUCCAGGAGCGCCUUACCAAACAAAUCGCCAUAGCCAUCACAGAAGCCUUGCAGCCUUCUGGAGUCGGAGUGGUUAUCGAAGCCACGCACAUGUGCAUGGUGAUGCGUGGGGUACAGAAAAUGAACAGUAAGACAGUGACCAGCACAAUGCUGGGGGUAUUCCGGGAAGAUCCAAAGACCCGCGAAGAAUUCUUGACGCUCAUCAGGAGCUGA